CUUCAUUGACUAUUACGAGUAGGUCCUUGGCUGGUGUUGCUAAUAAUUCACAAAAUAGCAAUGGGAAAGAAGGAUUCGGAACCAAAGCAUGGAGAAAUACCUUGCUUAUUUGUCUCGCAGGAUUCGCCUGGUAUCAUCUUGAUCGCUAUCUUACAAAAAAUGGGGAGGUGAAACAUCCGAUCACAGAGGUUAUCGAAUCUCUCAUGACUCCAGAAUCAGAAUGGAAACGGAUUAAUUCAGUUAAUAGAAAAACAGCAAAUAUUUUAGCAAAUGACAGACUCUUGUUUGGAGAGGCUAAACGGCCUCCAAUUCAUAGACUGAUGCAUCCAGAAUGCUUUGAAAGAACUAGUCCAUUUCUAAUUGAGCCUGGAACUGAUGUCGAUUUAUCAGAUUUAGUAGUUAAGAAUGAUUACGACUGA